AUGUUUGCUGUCAGCGCUUUAUGCGGUCAUCAGUUCUGCAUGGAGUGCAUGAAACGGUAUAUAGAAGUGGGAUUACUCGAGGGAACUGCCCUGGGAUGUCCACAUCAUCAAUGCGAGUCUAAGCUAGAUAUUACAAGUUGUGCCAACCUUUUGACACCUAAACUAAGAGAGAUGUGGGAACGAAGGAUCGAAGAGGAAUCGGUUCCUGUGGCGGACAGAGUUUACUGCCCAAAUCCGAGGUGCUCGGCGUUAAUGUCGAAAGCCGACCUCUCUAAAUCUACUGAAGAUGGGUCUACGAGAUGUUGUGUCAGAUGCGGUAAACGAUUCUGCAUCAACUGCAAAGUUGCAUGGCAUAGAAGCUUGUCGUGCGACGAUUACAAGAGGUUAGGUCCAAAUCCUACGGAGAAUGAUAUAAAGCUCAUAUCUCUAGCAAACCAGGAAAAGUGGCGUCGAUGUGGAAAGUGCCAACAUAUGGUCGAACAUUCGUCUGGAUGCACUCAUAUAACUUGCAGGUAUCAUCAUCAUAUAUUUGAAUUACAUUCUAGUAGUUAUUAA